AUGGCUUCUAACACCCACAGAGAUGAUGAAUUGGAAGACUCAGUGCCUCUGAGAUUGAGCAGUAAAAAAUCAAGGGGAAGGCUGAGUUUUGCAACACCCACUGAAGAGUCUGAUACUCAGAUCUUGGAUUUUAGGCACACUACCAAAGCUCAGGAAAAGACAAGAAAAAGACAACAAGCUGUAAAACUAGAGCCUCUGCCAGUGCUAAAAGUCUACCAAGAUCAUAAGAAGCCAGAAUACAUAUAUAACAAAAACCGUUCUUGGCUAAUUUCUUCUGGAAUCAUACAGCCUCCAGAAAGUUCUGAAGAAAGAGAGUCUGCCAAAGCAACUGUUCGUUUUUCUGAUCAUCUAACUGAUGUGAAAAAAGGAAAGGUUUCCAAGCCCUCUAUUCAAAUGCCCUCCUUCUCCCCUACCAAACCUUCACAGACCAGUGUUGGAAGAAGUGGUCUCUUUUUGUCUGGUUCCUCAACGUACCCUACAUAUACUUUUUAUGACCGGGAAGAAGUAAUUAAAGCCAACAUUCGUAAUCCCUUGCAGAUCAUUAAGAUAGUUCGUGAAAAUGAGCAUAUUGGAUUUCUUUAUAUGGUUCCUGCUGUGCCAAAGUCAUCCAUUGAAUAUGACACAUAUAAUUUGAAAGUUGUAAGUUAUGAGAAUCUCAAUAAAAAUGACUACUAUACUAUUAGCCAAAAGGCAGUAACACACAUUUAUAAUGAUGACAUUGAAUUUAUUGAAAUCGAGAGAUGGGAACAGGAAUAUCUAUAUCACAGAGAACUCACUAAGAUCCCCAUAUUUUCACUUUUCCGGAAGUGGAAAGCUUUUAAUGUGUGGAAGAAGAAUGUUCAUUCCAAAAAAAUCACUGGAUGUCGAGAUUCUCUACAAAAAAGUUUAUUCAUUGUUAAUCAGUAUUUGCGACCAGCUCUUCUCAAAAUAAAUGAAAUGUGUUAUCAGUUGAGUUUUGUGGGACUUUGUAGUAUUGAAAAAUGUCACACCUACACCCUGCAAGAAUUUAAGUUUGCACAAGUCUUACGGCUAGAAGAGGUGACAGAGCGCCUAGAGGAGUUCCGAUGUGAGACUCGGGAAGUGGUCAGGAAUGCUUGUCGCAGUGCUCUGCAUGCUGAAGGCUUUAUUCCUGAUGAUUGUUUAUAUGACUCUAAUGCAGAGUUUUGCACAGCCCCGGAAGGUUUUGAGUUGACUGCGUAUGGAGACACUGAGAAAAUGACAUAUACAGAGCAGGCCAGCAAAAGACACCACUGUAUGAGAUUAACAUGUUUUAUUCGUCUGAAUGACUACCUAAUUGAGAAUACUAUGCAUGAUCUAACAGUAAACUCUGUUAACUCUCUUCUGAAUUAUCUCACUGACAAGCUAAAACGAACGCCUUCAGCAGAUAUCAUUCAGAAAUGGGUUACUGAAGAAAAGCCUGAAGUUACUGAGAAAAAGGGAGCCUCAGUAAUGGAAAAGCAGGAAGAAGAUGAUUCUCUCAUCCCUAUGUUUCUCACAGAGCUGAUUUUGACAGUUCAGUCACUACUCUUUGAGCCUUCGCUGGACGAUUUUCUGGAUGGCAUCUCUGGCGCAAUCAAUCAUUUUCAAAGCACUGUGUUAUCAGUCCCUAAUCUUGUUCCUGAUGCAUAUUUUAAUGCUUUCACCAGCCCUUACAUUAACAAUAAGCUUGAAGAAAAAACCUGUGGAUCUGGCCCAAGCUUAUCAGCAGUAUUUGAGGAUGAUAAAUAUUUUCACACAAUUAUCCUUCAAAUAAAGGAAACCAUAAGGCAGGCAUUUGAAUCUGCCCAAUUAUAUGCUAAUACUUUUGAAAAGUUACAGAAAUUUUUCAAGGAAAAUGAAAGUCUUGACUUGCAAGCUCUUAAACUGCAAGAACCUGAUGUUCAGUUCUUUAGUGAACAGCUGGAAAAGUAUCACAGACAGCACAAGGAUGCAGUAGCUCUAAGACCUACCAGAAAUGUGGGAUUACUGCUCAUUGACACUAAGAUGCUAAAAGAAAAACUAAUUCCCUCACCUUUGCGCUGCCUAGAGGUGCUCAAUGUCAUGCUCCCUCGUUUAAGCAAGAAAAAAGUAGAUGCUAUUAUCUCUGAGGCACAAGAUGCAGAAUAUAAACUUGAGUUUGUUCCAACUACCACCAUAGAAUAUGUUAGCAGUUUAGUGUUUCUUGAUGAAAUUCAGGAGAGGAUUGAAAGCCUUGAAGAUGAAGGGAAUACAGUGGUUCAAAUGUAUAAGCUCAUUGACCAGUAUCAGGUUCCUACACCUCCUGAAGACUUUGCUGUUUUUGCAACUAUGAAGCCCUCUAUUAUUGCUGUUCGGAAUGCCAUUGAUAAGUCUGUGGGUGACAGAGAAACAAGAAUUAAGCAAUUCUGUCAUCAUUUGGGUAAAGAUCUUGAAGAUCUAAACAAUGAAGUGAAUGAAGUAAUGCUACUAGCACAGGAUCCACAGAUUUUGGAUAUUUCUGCUGACCAAGACAAAGUAAAACAAAUGUUGAAUGAUCUACAGUUAAUUCUAGAUGAUCUUCAAAAGCGGGCAUUUCAAUAUAAAUCCUAUCAGAAGAACUUUAAGGUGGAAGUGUCCAAGUUUGAUGCGUUGGAAGAAGUUAGUGCUGAACUGAAGCUCAAACAGUUACUUUGGGAUUCUUUAUCUGAAUGGGAUCAACUCCAACAAGAAUGGUUAAAGUCCAGAUUUGACUGCUUGGAUCCAGAACUCCUGAACAGUCAGGUUUCUAAAUAUGCCAAAUUUGUAACUCAGUUGGAAAAAGGCUUGCCACCCAAUAGUGUAGUGCCACAGCUAAAAAGUAAGGUGGAAAAAAUGAAAGAAAAGCUUCCCGUUGUCAUUGACUUGAGGAACCCAACUCUGAAGGCUCGACACUGGGUUGCUAUUGAACAAACAGUUGAUGCUACCCUAACAGAUCUUGAAAGUCCACUAACCUUGGAGAGACUCUCUGAGUUGCAUGUUUUUGAUUUUGGCCAAGAAAUUCAGGACAUUUCUGGACAAGCUUCUGGAGAAGCUGCCCUAGAAGUAAUUCUUAAAAAGGUGGAGGACUCUUGGAAAACAACCGAGUUUGUCGUUCUUCCUCAUCGUGACUCCAAAGAUGUAUUUAUUCUAGGUGGCACAGAUGACAUACAGGUUCUUCUUGAUGACAGCACCAUCAACAUUGCUACUAUUGCCUCAUCUCGUUAUGUGGGCCCAUUGAAAAGUAGAGUUGAUGACUGGCAGAAACAGCUUGCUUUAUUUAAUCAAACACUGGAAGAAUGGCUGAAUUGUCAGAGAGACUGGCUUUACCUAGAAAGUAUUUUUAGUGCUCCAGAUAUACAGAGACAAUUGCCUGCAGAGGCCAAGAUGUUCCUUCAAGUGGAUAAGUCAUGGAAAGAAAUCAUGAGGAAAGUGAACCGAUUGCCUAAUGCUCUUCGAGCAGCUACUCAACCAGGUCUUUUGGAAACAUUUCAGAAUAAUAAUGCCUUACUCGACCAAAUCCAGAAAUGCUUAGAAGCAUAUUUAGAAUCAAAAAGAGUCAUCUUUCCAAGAUUUUACUUCUUAUCAAAUGAUGAACUUCUGGAGAUCCUGGCUCAGACACGAAAUCCCCAAGCUGUGCAGCCUCAUCUACGAAAAUGCUUUGACUCCAUUUCAAAGCUUGAAUUUGCUCUCAUAGUGUCCACUGAAGGGAAAAUUCCUGGUAUUGAGUCAGAGCCAGAAAAGAUCUUUACAAAUGAUAUUUUAGCAAUGAUAUCACCAGAGGGAGAAAAGGUUAGUCUGGGAAAAGGCCUCAAGGCCCGUGGCAAUGUGGAAGAAUGGCUUGGUAAAGUGGAAGAAGCCAUGUUUGUAUCUCUGCGUCGCCUUUGCAAAGCUGCCAUCGCUGACUACCAGGGAAAACCAAGGCCAGAGUGGGUGACUGCUGGCCACCCUUCUCAAGUGAUCCUGACCAUUUCUCAAGUCAUGUGGUGCCGAGAUUUGACUGAGUGUUUGGGAAAGGAAGCUGUCAGUCAUAUAGAAACACUGGAGGAUUUUGAAAAAGUAAAUUUUGAGAGAUUAAAUGCCCUGGCCGCAUUAGUUCGAGGCAAUCUUCCUAAAUUACACAGAAACAUCAUAACUGCCUUAAUUACUAUUGAUGUACAUGCAAGAGACAUAGUCAGUGAACUUAUUCAUGCCAAGGUAGAGGAAGUAGAAUCCUUUGACUGGCAGAGACAACUGCGCUAUUACUGGGAUAUAGAUUUGGAUAAUUGUGUGGCUAGAAUGGCACUCUCCCAGUACACUUAUGGCUAUGAAUAUUUGGGGGCAUGCCCAAGAUUAGUUAUUACUCCUCUCACGGAUCGCUGCUACCUUUGCCUCAUGGGAGCUUUGCAACUUGACCUGGGAGGUGCACCAGCUGGUCCUGCUGGAACUGGGAAAACUGAGACCACCAAAGACCUAGCAAAAGCUCUUGCCAUCCAGUGUGUGGUCUUUAAUUGUUCUGAUGGUCUAGACUAUAAGAUGAUGGGGCGCUUCUUCAGUGGCCUAGCACAGUCAGGGGCCUGGUGCUGCUUUGAUGAAUUUAAUAGAAUUGACAUAGAAGUUUUGUCGGUCAUUGCACAGCAACUCAUCACCAUUAGGAAUGCCAAGGCUGGCAAGCUUUCUAGGUUUAUGUUUGAAGGGCGAGAAAUAAAGUUGGUUAUGACUUGUGCAGCCUUCAUCACAAUGAAUCCUGGGUAUGCAGGCAGAACUGAAUUACCAGAUAAUCUGAAAGCCCUGUUUAGGCCCAUUGCCAUGAUGGUUCCAAAUUAUGCCUUGAUUGCAGAGGUAAUCCUAUAUUCUGAAGGAUUUGAAUCCAGCAAAACAUUAGCCAGGAAAAUGACUCAGAUGUAUAAGCUUUGCAGUGAACAGCUCUCUCAACAGGAUCACUAUGACUUUGGCAUGAGAGCUGUGAAGUCGGUUCUGGUAAUGGCUGGGUCUUUAAAAAGAGAGCACCCCAACCUGAGUGAAGAUGUGGUACUGAUAAGAGCUUUACGAGACUCCAACUUGCCCAAGUUCCUAACAGAUGAUGCUGUUCUGUUCAGUGGAAUUAUAUCUGAUCUUUUUCCUGGAGUCCAUAUUCCAGAACAUAACUAUGGCAUAUUACAGUCAACAAUCAUAGAUGUCAUGAAUAAAAAUAAUCUCCAGCCUGAGGCAUGCAUGGUUAAAAAAGUAAUACAGUUCUAUGAAACUAUGUUAGUAAGGCACGGUGUGAUGUUAGUGGGGCCUACAGGAGGUGGAAAGACCACAGUUUAUCAAAUACUGGCAGAAACUUUAGGGAAUUUGAGAAAACUUGGUAUAGACUAUCCUUUUUACCAACCAGUUAAAACCUACGUUCUUAACCCUAAAUCAAUUACAAUGGGUGAGUUAUAUGGAGAAGUCAAUAACUUAACAUUGGAGUGGAAAGAUGGCUUGAUGGCACUGAGUGUCCGAGCAGCUGUGAAUGACACUUCAGAAGAUCAUAAAUGGAUCAUCAGCGAUGGACCGGUGGAUGCUCUGUGGAUUGAGAAUAUGAAUACAGUGUUGGAUGACAACAAGAUGCUUUGCCUGGCGAACAGUGAGAGGAUUAAACUCACGCCUCAAAUCCAUAUGCUUUUUGAGGUGCAAGAUCUAAAGGUUGCCUCUCCUGCAACAGUCAGUCGAUGUGGAAUGGUCUUUGUGGACCCUGAAGAACUGAGAUGGAUGCCUUAUGUUCAAACCUGGAUUAAGAACAUUUCUAAAAAACUGAAUGAAGAAACCAAAGAAUACAUAUUGAACCUUUUCCAACGUUAUGUUGAUGAUGGUUUAACUUUUGUCAAUAAAAAAUGCGCCCAAGCAAUCCCACAAGUGAACAUCAGCAAAGUUACCACACUAUGUUGUUUAUUGGAAUCCUUGUUACUUGGGAAGGAUAUUCUUAAUUUUGCAAUGGAGCAAGCCAAGCUGAAUACUGUGAUAUGUCAGACUUUUGUAUUCUGUUAUCUGUGGUCUUUGGGUGGAAACCUAACUGAAAACUACUGGGAUUCUUUUGAUACAUUUGUUAGAGCACAGUUUGAUGAUAAUCCUGAUUCAAGGCUUCCCAGUUCUGGAGAUCUGUGGAGCAUUCACAUGGACUUUGACACCAAACGGCUGGACCCAUGGGAACGAAUAAUACCCACCUUCAAAUACAACCGAGAUGUUCCAUUCUUUGAAAUGCUUGUUCCCACAGCUGACACAGUGCGUUUUGGGUACCUAAUGGAAAAGCUACUGGCAGUCCAUCGAUCAGUGCUGUUUACUGGGAUAACUGGAGUUGGAAAGACUGUGAUUGCCAAAGGAUUGCUAAAUAGAAUUCAAGAAUCAGCUGGAUAUGUUCCUGUUUAUCUAAAUUUUUCUGCUCAGACUUCAUCUGUAAGAACACAAGAGAUCAUUGAAUCAAAACUGGAAAGGAAAAGGAAAAAUAUUCUGGGAGCACCAGGAAACAAACGAGUUGUGAUUUUUGUUGACGACUUAAACAUGCCCAGACUGGAUCGCUAUGGCUCCCAGCCUCCAAUUGAACUUCUUCGGCAGUAUCAGGAUUUCGGUGGAUUUUACGACAGAAACAAACUCUUUUGGAAAGAGAUACAGGAUGUGACAAUUGUAUCAGCAUGUGCACCUCCAGGCGGGGGGCGGAAUCCAGUGACCCCCCGAUUUAUCCGACAUUUCAGUAUGCUGAGCAUCCCAAUACCCUCAGAGCACAGUCUGAAGCAGAUCUUUCAGGCCAUCUUAAAUGGCUUCCUGAGUGACUUCCCACCUGCUGUAAAGCAGAGUGCACCAAACAUUGUAGAAGCUGCAGUUGAAAUUUAUAACAGAAUGAGUAUUGACCUUCUGCCAACACCUGCCAAGUCUCAUUAUGUCUUUAACUUGAGGGAUUUAUCAAAAUGUGUGCAAGGUAUCCUUCAGUGUGAACCAGGAACAAUAAGAGAAGAAAUGCAGAUAUUUAGACUCUUUUGCCAUGAAUGUCAAAGGGUUUUCCAUGAUCGUUUGAUUAAUAAUGAAGAUAAGGAAUAUUUCCAUGUGAUUUUGACAGAAAUGGCCAACAAACAUUUUGGAAUUCCAAUUGGCCUGGAAUAUUUUUUUGCUAAGCCCAUCAUAUUUGGAGAUUUCAUUAAGUUUGGAGUAGAUAAAAGUGAGCGGAUUUAUGAUGAUAUGCCUGAUAUGGAGAAAAUAGCAAAUGUUCUGCAAGACUAUCUUGAUGAUUAUAACCUGACAAACCCCAAAGAAGUAAAGUUGGUGUUCUUCCAAGACGCCAUUGAACAUGUUUCAAGGAUUGCUCGAAUGAUCCGCCAGGAAAGAGGCAACGCUCUGCUCGUUGGUGUAGGAGGCACAGGAAAACAGUCUCUGACAAGACUUGCAGCUCACAUAUGUGGUUACAAAUGUUUGCAGAUUGAACUCAGCCGGGGAUAUAAUUAUGACAGUUUUCAUGAAGACCUGAGGAAGUUGUACAAAAUGGCUGGUGUAGAGGACAAGAAUAUGGUUUUUCUCUUCACAGAUACCCAGAUUGUAGUAGAAGAGUUCCUCGAAGAUAUCAAUAACAUCCUGAACUCAGGUGAAGUGCCUAAUUUAUUUGAGAAGGAUGAGUUAGAACAAGUUUUAGCAGCCACCAGACCAAGAGCAAAAGAAGCAGGAAUUUCUGAGGGGAACAGAGACGAGGUGUUUCAGUACUUUAUCAGCAGAGUCCGACAGAAGCUGCACAUUGUUCUCUGCAUGAGCCCCGUUGGGGAAGCCUUUCGGUCCCGAUGCCGGAUGUUUCCUUCCCUUGUCAACUGCUGCACUAUUGAUUGGUUUGUUCAGUGGCCCAGAGAAGCACUCCUUUCUGUAUCAAAGACAUUUUUUUUAACUAUCGAUGCUGUAAGGGAAGACCUGAAAGAAAAGCUCUCCCUCAUGUGUGUGAAUGUUCACUUGAGCGUCUCCAAUAUGGCAGAGCGUUAUUACAGUGAGCUCCGAAGACGCUACUAUACCACACCUACCUCCUACUUGGAGCUCAUCAAUCUCUAUUUGCAGAUGCUGACUAAAAAAAGGAAAGAACUGAUUUCAGCACGUGACCGGGUGAAGAAUGGUCUCUCCAAGCUACUAGAAACAAACAUACUAGUAGAUAAGAUGAAAUUAGACCUUUCAGCUUUAGAACCCAUCCUUCUAAAUAAGUCAAAAGAUGUUGAAGCACUGAUGGACAAACUAGCAGUGGAUCAAGAAAAUGCCGAUCAGGUCCGUAGUAUUGUGCAGGAAGAUGAAGCAACAGCAAAAGUAAAAGCAGAAGAAACCCAAGCAAUAGCUGAUGAUGCACAGAGAGAUCUUGAAGAGGCUCUACCCGCACUCGAGGCUGCUAAUAAAGCUCUGGAUUCCUUAGAUAAAGCUGAUAUUUCUGAAAUCAGAGUUUUCAUGAAGCCCCCAGAUAUGGUCAUGACCGUUAUGGAAGCAAUUUCCAUUCUCCUGAAUGCCAAGCCUGAUUGGCCAACAGCAAAGCAGCUUCUUGGUGACUCUAACUUUCUGAGAAGACUCUUAGAAUAUGACAAGGAAAACAUAAAGCCUCAAAUACUGGCAAAACUUCAAAAGUAUAUUAAUAAUCCUGACUUUGUGCCUGAAAAAGUAGAGAAGGUAUCCAAAGCAUGUAAAUCCAUGUGCAUGUGGGUAAGAGCAAUGGAUUUGUACUCUCGGGUAGUCAAAGAAGUUGAACCAAAGAGACAAAAACUCCGUGCUGCACAGGCUGAACUUGAUACUACUAUGGCUACCCUGAGAGAAAAACAAUCCUUGUUAAGACAAGUGGAAAAUCAAAUACAGGCCUUACAAGAUGAAUAUGACAAAAGUAUAAAUGAGAAAGAAAGUCUGGCCAAGAACAUGACCCUGACAAAAGCACGUCUGAUACGUGCUGGGAAACUGACAGCUGCACUGGGAGAUGAGCAAGUUCGCUGGGAAGAAAGCAUCGAGACAUUUGAAGAGGAGAUAGCAAAUAUCAUCGGGAAUGUGUUCAUAGCAGCAGCCUGCGUCGCAUAUUAUGGGGCCUUCACAGCCCAGUAUAGGCAAUUGCUUAUAGAGUGUUGGAUUCAGGAUUGUCAACUUCUGGAGAUCCCAAUCAACUCUUCUUUCAGUCUCAUUAAUAUUCUUGGCGACCCCUAUGAAAUACGGCAGUGGAAUACUGAUGGGCUACCCCGGGACUUAAUAUCAACUGAAAAUGGUAUUUUGGUUACUGAAGGGAGGCGGUGGCCUUUAAUGAUUGACCCCCAAGAUCAGGCAAACCGUUGGAUAAGGAACAAGGAAAGCAAAAAUGGUUUAAAGAUCAUUAAGCUCACAGAUACUAAUUUCUUACGCACACUUGAAAAUUCAAUCCGACUUGGCCUGCCUGUCUUACUGGAAGAGCUUAAAGAAACUUUGGAUCCUGCUCUAGAACCCAUUCUCUUAAAGCAGGUCUUUGUUAGUGGUGGACGAACACUUAUUCGUCUUGGAGACUCAGACAUUGAUUAUGAUAAAAACUUUAAGUUCUACAUGACAACAAAACUGCCAAACCCACACUACCUACCUGAGGUGUGCAUUAAAGUGACCAUCAUCAAUUUCACAGUAACCAAAUCGGGUCUGGAGGAUCAGUUAUUAAGUGAUGUGGUAAGACUUGAAAAGCCUGAGCUCGAAGAACAAAGAAUCAAACUCAUUGUGAGAAUUAAUAGUGACAAAAACCAGCUGAAAUCUAUAGAAGACAAAAUCCUGAAGUUGCUUUUCACAUCUGAAGGAAAUAUUCUAGACAAUGAAGAGCUUAUUGACACACUCCAGGAAUCAAAGAUCACUUCUGGUGCCAUUAAGAUCCGGUUGAAGGAAGCAGAGUCCACUGAAGUGAUGAUCAACACUGCUCGUGAGAAAUACAGGCCAGUAGCUACUCAGGGCUCCGUCAUGUACUUUGUCAUCGCGAGCCUCUCAGAAAUAGAUCCUAUGUAUCAGUAUUCAUUAAAGUAUUUCAAACAGUUGUUCAAUACAACAAUUGAAACUUCUCAAAAGGCAGAAGAUCUAGCUCAGCGCCUGGAAAUACUACUUGAACAAACCCUCCUAACUGCUUAUAUGAAUAUCUCAAGAGGACUGUUUGAACAACAUAAACUCAUCUACAGUUUUAUGCUCUGUGUUGAGAUCAUGCGUCAGAAAGGAAGCAUAACUGAAGCCGAGUGGAAUUUCUUCCUCAGAGGCUCUGCAGGAUUAGAAAAGGAACGCCCACCAAAGCCUGAAGUUGCCUGGCUACUUCCUGCCACAUGGUUUGCAUGCUGUGAUUUAGAGGAAAUGUUUCCAGUUUUUGCAGGACUAACACAGUAUUUGCUUUUGCAUCCUAUAUCCAUACACUUAGGAUCUUUUGAGACUUACAUUAACCCACCUGAGAAGGAAAUCUAUUCUAAAAAAGAAGAAGAAGGGAAGCAGGGAAAGGAGAUCACAGAUACUUGGCACCCAGAAUUACAUUCCUUCCACAAACUCAUUCUUAUUAAAUGUUGUAAAGAAGAAAAGGUGGUGUUUGCUCUCACAGACUUUGUCGUUGAAAAUCUUGGAAAACAAUUUAUAGAAACACCACCUGUGGACCUGGCUACCCUGUAUCAGGACAUGUCCUUCAAUACUCCCCUGGUAUUCAUCUUAAGCACGGGCUCAGACCCCAUGGGUGCAUUCCAGAGGUUUGCCCGGGAAAGGGGGUAUUUAGAUCGGGUGCAGUCUAUUUCACUGGGACAAGGCCAAGGACCUAUUGCUGAAAAAAUGAUCAAAGAUGCAAUGAAGUCAGGAAAUUGGGUAUUUUUGCAAAACUGCCAUCUUGCUGUUUCUUGGAUGUUGGCAAUGGAGGAACUGAUUAAAACCUUCACGGAUCCAAAUAUUAUUAUCAAGGACACUUUUCGGCUCUUUCUAAGUUCUAUGCCUAGUAAUACAUUUCCUGUGACAGUUCUUCAGAAUUCUGUCAAGGUCACCAACGAGCCUCCCAAAGGGUUACGUGCAAAUAUCAGGCGAGCCUUUAAUGAAAUGACACCUUCGUUUUUUGAAGAAAAUAUACUUGGUAAAAAAUGGAGACAAAUAAUAUUUGGCAUCUGUUUCUUCCAUGCCAUAAUUCAGGAAAGAAAAAAGUUUGGCCCUCUUGGUUGGAACAUCUGCUAUGAAUUCAACGACAGUGACAGGGAAUGUGCUUUACUGAACCUCAACCUUUACUGUCAAGAAGGAAAGAUCCCAUGGGAUGCUUUGAUUUACAUCACUGGUGAAAUUACAUAUGGUGGUAGAGUAACAGACACCUGGGAUCAAAGAUGUCUUCGUACCGUCUUGAAAAAAUUCUUUUCUCCUGAAACACUAGAAGAGAAUUACAAGUAUUCUGAAUCAGGCAUCUAUUUUGCACCCUUGGCUGACAGUCUACAAGAGUUUAAGGACUACAUUGAAAAGCUGCCUUUGAUAGAUGACCCUGAAAUAUUUGGAAUGCAUGAAAAUGCCAACUUAGCUUUCCAGUAUAAAGAGACCAGCACUUUAAUCAGCAUCAUACUUGAAGUUCAGCCAAGGUCAUCUUCAGGUGGAGGGGGGAAAAGCAAUGAUGAAAUUGUCCAAGAACUUGUUGCUUCUGUCCGGACCAGAGUUCCAGAAAAACUGGAGAUGGAGAGUGCUACGGAAAGUCUUUUCGUCAGGGAUCCUCAAGGACGUCUGAAUUCCUUGACCACAGUUCUUGGACAAGAAGUGGACAGAUUUAACAAUCUGCUAAAGUUAAUACAUACUUCUCUAGAAACGCUCAACAAAGCCAUUGCUGGAUUUGUCGUGAUGUCAGAAGAGAUGGAAAAAGUGUAUAACAGUUUCCUCAACAACCAGGUUCCUUCUCUGUGGUCCAACACAGCCUACCCUUCCUUGAAACCACUGGCAUCGUGGGUCAAAGACCUUAUUCUGAGGACUUCAUUUGUAGAUUUGUGGCUCAAAAGAGGACAGCCUAAAUCCUUCUGGAUCUCCGGUUUCUUCUUUCCUCAAGGAUUUCUAACAGGAACUCUUCAGAAUCAUGCUCGGAAAUAUAACCUGCCUAUUGACGAGCUGAAUUUCAAGUACAACAUGGUUCCUGUCUACCGGGAUCAAGCUGCUGUCACAGAAGCUGCCAAGACAGUGCAGUUUGGACAAGACCUGCCCAUGGACCUAGAGUUGCCCUCUCCUGAAGAUGGUGUUCUCGUCCAUGGGGUAUUCAUGGAUGCUUCUCGGUGGGAUGAUAUGGAGAUGGUGAUUGAAGAUGCAUUGCCUGGACAGAUGAAUCCCAUGCUGCCUGUGGUCCACUUUGAACCUCAACAAAACUAUGAGCCAAACCCAACACUUUACCACUCUCCACUUUAUAAAACAGGGGCCCGAGCAGGCACACUGUCAACCACAGGUCAUUCAACCAACUUUGUGGUGACCAUCCUCCUGCCUUCCAAGCGGUCCAAUGAUUACUGGAUUGCCAAGGGGUCAGCUUUGCUCUGCCAGCUGAACGAAUGAAAGAGGCCAUGUCAGGAAGGAGCUGCCAAAGAACUUCCCCAAGAAGGACAUGUGGAACUUACAUUCAAGCAAAACAGUAUUGCUUCUGAUCUGACCUGGAGAUGGUAGUGUAUUUGUUGUUUCUCUUAUCAAAUAAAAAACAUGAGUUUGUCUUUUU